GUGGACUUUGUCUUCGGCUUCGCAGACCUCAGCGAUGAAGCAGAGAUGAAGAUGCGCGAAGCGACUGAGACGAUGGAUGCAAACAUCCGUCCUGCGCCUGCAAGCGGGCUCUACAGGGUGGGGUCAGAGGCGCGUGCCCCAAAGCUGACUCGGGACCUGAGCGACCUGACCUUCGACCUGGAAGGGGGUGAGCCGGACCUGCCGCAGCUGCUUCAAUCCUUGCAGCUGCUAAACACCCAGGCGCUCCGAGAGGUCUUUCAGCAGGCGGACGUCAGCAAGCGGGGCUUCCUUCGCCUGGGCGAUCUGAGGCGCUUGCUCUUCCCGGAGAACGUGCAGUCCACGGACAACAGCAUGGCAGUUGUGAAAGUCUUCGCGCAGAUGGACAAGAACGGUGACGGGAAGAUCCACAGCGCGGAGUUCGUGUCCUUCGUCAUUGGCGCCAAGCGCAGCUCGGAGAAAGCCGAAGGCCGCAUCUCCACCACGGCGUCAGAUGCAGACAAGCGAGUGAUGGCGAACGCCUUCUCUCAUGCAGACGCGGAUUCUGAUGGUCGCAUCAGCAUGGAGGAGUUCGAGCACCUCUUCGGGGCAAACACGGACUUCGACCGGCGCAUGCUGCAAAGCGUUUUCGAUUCAGUGGACAAAAAUCAGGAUGGUUGCGUCUCCAUGGUCGAGCUCGCACGUGUCUAUGGCAAGGAGCUUCUUCAGGAUGCUAAAGGCAUCCAGGUGGCCGGCAGCAUGGACGCAGGUGACGAGGAAAGUGAGGACGAUUUCUGAGUUGGGCUGUUUGACCGCCCGCGAGCUUUUCUGUGAGGGCAGGAUGGGCGGUUUCCUGGCUCAGAAGCAGUUGCAUCAGCCU